CCCCCCACCCCCCCACACCAUGUGGGGGCUGCUGAUCUGGACUCUGCUGGCCCUGCACGGGAUCCCCCAGGCCAGAGCGCAAGAUGACGUGGCCCCCUAUUUCAAGACGGAGCCGGUGCGGACGCAGGUGCACCUGGAGGGGAACCGCCUGGUGCUCACCUGCAUGGCCGAGGGCAGCUGGCCGCUGGAGUUCAAGUGGCUGCACAACAGCCGGGAGCUGACCAAGUUCUCCCUGGAGUACAGGUACAUGAUCACCAGCCUGGACCGCACCCAUGCUGGCUUCUACCGCUGCAUCGUGCGCAACCGGAUGGGUGCCCUGCUGCAGAGGCAAACCGAGGUGCAGGUGGCCUACAUGGGGAGCUUCGAGGAGGGCGAGAAGCACCAGACCGUGUCCCACGGAGAAGCCGCCGUCAUCCGCGCCCCACGCAUCGCCAGCUUCCCGCGGCCGCAGGUGACCUGGUUCCGGGACGGCCGCAAGAUCCCGCCCAGCAGCCGCAUAGCCAUCACCCUGGAGAACACCCUGGUCAUCCUGUCCACGGUGGCUCCGGACGCCGGCCGCUACUACGUGCAGGCUGUGAACGACAAGAACGGGGACAACAAGACCAGCCAGCCCAUCACUCUCGCCGUGGAGAGGGAUGUAGGGGGGCCUGCAGAUCCCAUCGCUCCAACCAUCAUCAUUCCUCCCAAGAACACCAGCGUGGUGGCCGGGACCUCGGAGGUGACCAUGGAGUGCGUGGCCAACGCCAGGCCCCUGAUCAAGCUGCACAUCCUUUGGAAGAAGGACGGGGUGCUGCUGUCAGGCGGUAUCAGCGACUACAACCGCCGGCUCACCAUCCCCAGCCCCACGGGCAGCGACGCCGGCUUCUACGAGUGCGAGGCCGUGCUGCGCAGCACCAGCGUCCCCUCCGUCGUCCGUGGAGCCUACCUGUCUGUGCUGGAACCACCUCAGUUUGUCAGGGAGCCGGAGAGACACAUCACAGCGGAGAUGGAGAAAGUGGUGGACAUUCCCUGUCGAGCCAAAGGUGUGCCCCCGCCCUCCAUCACCUGGUACAAGGACGCGGCCGUGGUGGAGGUGGCGAGGCUGAGCCGCUUCCGGCAGCGCGGGGACGGGGGCCUGCAGAUCAGCGGGCUGGUGCCCGACGACACGGGCAUGUUCCAGUGCUUCGCCCGCAACUCGGCCGGCGAGGCGCAGACGUCCACCUACCUGGCCGUCACCAGCAUCGCCCCCAACAUCACCAGGGGCCCCCUGGACAGCACGGUGAUUGACGGCAUGUCCGUGGUGCUGGCCUGUGAGACGUCGGGGGCCCCGAGGCCGGCCAUCACCUGGCAGAAAGGGGAGCGCAUCCUGGCCAGCGGCUCCGUCCAGCUGCCCCGCUUCACCCUCCUGGAGUCGGGCAGCCUGCUCGUCAGCCCCGCCCGCAUCUCCGACGCCGGGACCUACACCUGCCUGGCCACCAACUCUCGGGGCGUGGACGAAGCCUCCGCGGACCUGGUCGUGUGGGCCCGGACCCGCAUCACCAGGCCGCCCCAGGACCAGAGUGUCAUCAAGGGGACCCAGGCCUCCAUGGUGUGUGGCGUGGCCCAUGACCCCCGGGUCACCAUCAGGUACGUGUGGGAGAAGGACGGGGCCGCCCUGGGCGUGGAGAACAACCCCCGUGUCCGCCUGGACAGGAACGGCUCCCUGCACAUCACCCAGACGUGGUCGGGGGACAUCGGCACGUACACCUGCCGGGUGCUCUCCGCCGGAGGCAACGACUCGCGCAGCGCCCACCUGCGGGUCAGGCAGCUGCCUCACGCGCCCGAGCACCCCGUGGCCACGCUGAGCGCCUCGGAGAGGCGGGCCAUCAACCUGACCUGGGCCAAGCCCUUCGACGGCAACAGCCCCCUGAUCCGCUACGUCCUGGAGAUGUCGGAGAACAACGCCCCGUGGGCCGUGCUCCUGGCCAGUGUGGACCCCGAGGCCACCUCGGUGGUGGUCAAGGGCUUGGUCCCCGCACGCUCCUACCAGUUCCGCCUCUGCGCCGUCAACGACGUGGGGAAAGGACAGUUCAGCAAGGACACGGAGAGGGUCUCGCUCCCCGAGGAGCCCCCCACCGCCCCGCCGCAGAAUGUCAUCGCCAGCGGCCGGACGAACCAGUCCAUCAUGAUCCAGUGGCAGCCGCCCCCGGAGAACCACCAGAACGGCCUCCUCAAGGGCUACAUCAUCAGGUACUGCCUGGCCGGGCUGCCCGUGGGGUACCAGUUCAAGAACAUCACGGAUGCUGACGUCAACAACCUGCUGCUGGAGGACCUCAUCAUCUGGACCAACUACGAGAUCGAGGUGGCGGCCUACAACAGCGCCGGGCUGGGCGUCUACAGCGGCAAAGUCACCGAGUGGACGCUGCAGGGAGUCCCCACCGUCCCUCCGGGCAACGUGCACGCAGAAGCCACCAACUCCACGACCAUCCGCUUCACCUGGAACGCCCCCAGCCCCCAGUUCAUCAACGGCAUCAACCAGGGCUACAAGCUGAUCGCCUGGGAGCCGGAGCAGGAAGAGGAGGUUACCAUGGUGACUGCCCGACCCAACUUUCAAGACAGCAUCCACGUGGGCUUCGUGUCGGGCCUGAAGAAGUUCACGGAAUACUUCACGUCCGUGCUGUGCUUCACCACGCCCGGCGACGGGCCCCGCAGCAGCCCGCAGCUGGUGCGCACCCUCGAGGACGUGCCUGGGCCUGUGGGGCACCUGAGCUUCAGUGACAUCCUGGACACCUCGCUGAAGGUCAGCUGGCAAGAGCCGGGGGAGAAGAACGGCAUCCUCACAGGGUACCGGAUCUCCUGGGAGGAGUUUAACCGCACCAACACCCGCGUGACACACUACCUACCCAACGUGACCCUGGAAUACCGCGUGACGGGCCUCACCGCGCUCACCACCUAUACCAUCGAGGUGGCCGCCAUGACCGCCAAGGGCCAGGGCCAGGUGUCUGCCUCCACCAUCUCCUCCGGGGUGCCCCCAGAACUCCCAGGCCCCCCCACCAACCUGGGCAUUUCCAACAUCGGCCCCCGCUCCGUGACCUUGCAGUUCAAGCCCGGCUACGACGGGAAAACCUCCAUCUCCCGCUGGCUGGUGGAGGCCCAGGUGGGCGUGGUCGGGGAGGGAGAGGAGUGGCUGCUGCUUCACCAGCUCGCCAACGAGCCCGACGCCCGCUCCAUGGAGGUGCCCGACCUCAACCCCUUCACCCACUACAGCUUCCGCAUGCGCCAGGUGAACAUCGUGGGCACCAGCCCUCCCAGCCAGCCUUCCAGAAAGAUCCAGACCCUCCAGGCGCCCCCCGACAUGGCCCCGGCCAACGUGACCCUGCGCACGGCCAGUGAGACCAGCCUGUGGCUCCGCUGGACGCCUCUCCCGGAGAUGGAAUACAACGGGAACCCCGAGUCGGUGGGCUACAAGAUUAAAUACAGCCGGGCAGACGGCCACGGCAAGGUGCUGAGCCACGUGGUCCUGGACCGUGUGGAGCGGGAGUACACCAUCGAGGACCUGGAGGAGUGGACGGAGUACCGCGUCCAGGUCCAGGCCUUCAACGCCAUCGGGAGCGGGCCCUGGAGCCCGAUGGUGAUGGGCAGGACGCGGGAGUCAGUCCCGUCCGCGGGCCCCACCAACGUGUCUGCGCUGGCCACCACCUCCAGCAGCGUGCUGGUGCGCUGGGGCCCCGUCCCCGAGGCCGAGCGCAACGGGCGCGUGCUGGGCUACAAGGUGCUGUACAGGGAGAAGGACUCGGACCCCCAGCCCCGGGUCUGGCCGGUGGAAGGGAACGCGUCCCUCAGCGUCCAGCUCACGGGCCUGGGCAAGUACGUGCUCUACGAGGUCCAGGUGCUGGCCUUCACGCGCAUCGGGGACGGCCGCCCCAGCCGCCCCCCCGUCCUGGAGCGGACGCUGGAUGACGUCCCGGGACCACCCAUGGGCAUCCUGUUCCCAGAGGUGAGGACCACGUCGGUGCGGCUGAUCUGGCAGCCCCCCGCUGCUCCCAACGGCAUCAUUCUCGCUUACCAGGUCACACACCGGCUGAACGCCACCACCGCCAACACAGCCUCCGUGGAGGUGCUGGCACCCAGCGCCCGCCAGUACACGGCCACCGGCCUCAAGCCCGAGUCCGUCUACCUGUUCCGCAUCACCGCCCAGACCCGCAAGGGCUGGGGAGAGGCUGCCGAGGCCCUGGUGGUGACCACCGAGAAGAGAGACCGCCCGCAGCCCCCCAGCAAGCCCGUGGUGCGGCAGGAGGACGUGAAGGCGCGCAGCGUGCUGCUGUCCUGGGAGCCGGGCAGCGACGGGCUGUCCCCCGUGCGCUACUACUCCGUCCAGACCCGCGAGCUGCCGGGCGGCCGGUGGGCGCUGCACUCGGCCUCCGUGAGCCACAAUGCCUCGGCCUGCGUGGUGGACAGGCUCAAGCCCUUCACGUCCUACAAGUUCCGAGUGAAGGCCACCAAUGACAUCGGGGACAGUGAGUUCAGCGAGGAGUCGGAACCGCUGACCACCCUGCAGGCCGCCCCCGACGAAGCGCCCACCAUCGUCUCGGUGACACCCCACACCACCACCUCCGUGCUGAUCCGAUGGCAGCCACCAGCUGAGGACAAGAUCAACGGUAUCCUCCUGGGCUUCCGGAUCCGGUACCGCGAGCUGCCAUACGAGGGUCUGAGGGGCUUCACGCUUCGCGGCAUCAACAACCCGGGGGCCAGGUGGACAGAGCUGACCUCCUUGUUCUCCAUGCGGAACCUGAGCCGGCCCAGCCUCACGCAGUACGAGCUGGACAACCUGAACAAGCACCGGCGCUACGAGAUCCGCAUGACCGUGUACAACGCCGUGGGCGAGGGGCCCCUGAGCGCCCCACAGGAGGUCUUCGUCGGGGAGGCAGUGCCCACGAUGGCGCCCCGCAACGUGGCCGUCCACGGCCCCACGGCCACGCAGCUGGACGUGACGUGGGAGCCCCCCCCGCCGGAGAGCCAGAACGGAGACAUCCAGGGCUACAAGAUUUAUUUCUGGGAGGCCCGGCGGCAGAACCUCACCGAGCGGGUGAAGACGCUCUUCCUGGCUGAGACCGGCGUGAAGCUGAAGAACCUGACCGGCUACACCACCUACAUGGUCAGCGUGGCGGCCUUCAACGCCGCGGGGGAAGGGCCUCGGAGCACCCCCACCCGGGGCCAGACCCAGCAAGCAGCCCCCAGUGCUCCCAGCUCGGUCAAGUUCAGCGAGCUGACCACCACCUCGGUGAACGUAUCCUGGGAGGCCCCGCAGUUCCCCAACGGCAUCCUGGAGGGCUACCGGCUGGUGUAUGAGCCCUGCACCCCCGUGGACGGAGUCAGCAAGAUCGUGACGGUGGACGUGAAGGGGAGCAGCCCCCUGUGGCUGAAGGUGAAGGACCUGGCGGAGGGCAUGACCUACCGGUUCCGCAUCAGAGCCAAGACCUUCACCUACGGGCCCGAGAUCGAGGCCAACGUCACCACGGGCCCGGGCGAAGGUGCCCCGGGACCGCCCGGAGUGCCCAUCAUCGUGCGGUACAGCUCCGCCAUCGCCAUCCACUGGUCCAGCGGAGACCCCGGCAAAGGGCCCGUCACCCGCUACGUCCUAGAGGCCAGGCCGUCAGACGAGGGGCUAUGGGACAUCCUCAUCAAGGACAUCCCCAAGGAGGUGACCUCCUACACGUUCAGCAUGGACAUCCUGAAGCCGGGCGUGAGCUACGACUUCCGGGUCAUUGCGGUCAACGACUACGGCUUCGGCACCCCCAGCAGCCCCUCCCAGUCUGUGCCAGCCCAGAAAACCAACCCGUUCUACGAGGAGUGGUGGUUCCUGGUGGUCGUCGCCCUGGUCGGCCUCAUCUUCAUCCUGCUCCUGGUCUUCGUGCUCAUCAUCCGGGGCCAGAGCAAGAAGUACGCCAAGAAGACAGACUCGGGGAGCAGUGCCAAGGCUGGUGCCCUGGGCCACGGGGAGAUGAUGAGCUUGGAUGAAAGCAGCUUCCCUGCCCUGGAACUCAACCACCGGCGCCUCUCCGUCAAGAACUCCUUCUGCCGGAAGAACGGCCUGUACACCAGGUCUCCGCCCCGGCCGAGCCCCGGCAGCCUGCACUACUCGGACGAGGACGUCACCAAGUACAACGACCUCAUCCAGGCCGAGAGCAGCAGCCUGACCGAGAAGCCCUCGGAAGUCUCCGACUCUCAGGGAAGCGACAGCGAGUACGAGGUCGACCCGAACCACCAGAAGGCGCACUCCUUCGUCAACCACUACAUCAGCGACCCCACCUACUACAACUCCUGGCGGCGGCAGCAGAAGGGCAUCUCGCGGGCCCAGGCCUACAGCUACACGGAGAGCGACUCGGGGGAGCCGGACCACGCCACCGCGGCCAACAGCAGCGGCAUCCAGCAGGGCAGCCUCUUCCGGCCCAAGGCCAGUCGGACCCCAACGCCCCAGAACCCCCCGAACCCCCCGAGCCAGCAGAGCACCCUCUACCGCCCCCCCAGCAGCCUGGCCCCCGGCUCCCGGGCUCCCAUAGCAGGAUUCUCAUCCUUCGUUUGACGUCCGAAGAGGAACCAGAGCGACGGCACCGGACUCCCCUCCACCGUCCCCGCACCGCCUGCCAGAGAACAAAAACACCAGGAAACCAAGGCAACUGUUCACCUCCUGAGUUUAUUUUUCCAGAGAUUCCAGGGCCAGCAGAGCCGGA